AAUUUCCUCAUUUCAGUUCUCCGCCUCUUCUUUCCCUGCCGCUCACUCAUUCUUCUUCCUUCACUGCAGAUCGCCUCUGUUUUCAUCUCCGAUUGUACCACCACCACCACUAUGAUCUUCAGUAGCACCACUUAAUAGAUGUGUUAUAAUUGGAAUAUGGGUUUUGUAUCUCAUAUACCGUGGAAGGAUAUGGAGGGUAAAUGUUUGAUCUGUAUAUUAGUUGGUAUGAUCGAAUCGGAAAUAGGAUUUACAUGAGGCUGUAAAGUCUUGGGACAUGAUCCCAAAAAUUUCGGAUUAAAACGGGUUAUUUGGAUCCGAAAUGUCUGUUUUCCCUGAAGAAGAAUCACCCCCAAAUUGGAGAAGUAACAGAGCUGCAAUCCCCUAAUUCUUCAUCUGAUGAAGCAGAAGAAGAUACAUCCGCUCAUGUUUCUUCAAAAUACCUUGCAAAUGAUUCUCCAAAAAACCGUCAAGUAGGUCGCCCGACAUAAUUGGAUCGAAGUUUCUGAAAAGGCCUAAAAGAAGACAGUGCUGGUGAUGCUGAGGACACAGUGGAUGAAUUCUCUUAUGAAACUCUUUGAUUUCAACAGUAAUUAGAGGUUUGCAGAUAUUAACAGAAACUUAGAGGUUUCAACGGUAAGAUAGUAGAUGAAGAUCAAGAAGCUCAUGCCUACAGAUGCUGAACCCAGAAGACUUAAUGACUGGAUGGAAAAAGGUGUCUAUGAUGCAUUACAGAAGAAAUACCUCAAGACACCUCUGUUCUGCAGCUAUUGAUGGACCUAUGAUAGAAGAAUAUGCUUUUUCAUUUAGCUAUUCGAAUUCUGAUGAAGCAGAACGUUCGAAGAAAGCAACAUCAAGUGGUAGACGCGUUUUCGGCUCGGCAGCUAAAAAUCAGUCUGAGGAUACAUCAAACAGGGUGGAUAGGGAUAGAAAUAUGGCAACUGAAGAUGUUUGUGAUGCUGUAUCCGGCAGAAAUAUGUUGGUUUCACAGAAGAAUAUUCACAUUGCUCCUGGUGGUGCACUUAGUGGCACCGGUCAGGAACCUGUUCUUAAGAGUUUUAAUGAUAUCGUUGGAGAGCCUGGCCCGAAGACGACGUAUGAUGUUGCUAUUUUUGUGUCGAACUCCUUCAAGAAGAUGAAAAGUGAAAAUAAAAAAUCAAGUACGAAUAAAAAGAACUCGAAGGAAGUAGACUUUGCCUUGCCGCUUAAGGAGGAAGACGAGGAUAGUGGUAGUGAGAGUGGAGAAGAGAUGGUUGACGGAAUUCUUACUUCUGGUACCAAGCAAGCAGAUCUUAUACGCAAUGCUUUUGCUGGUGAUGAUGUGGAGGAAGAGUUUGAGAAGGAAAGAUUAGAAACUCUGAAUGAGGAAAAUCCUGAACCUGGGAAGCCAACUCUAGUUCCAGGCUGGGGUCAGUGGACUCAUAUUCAAAAGAAGAAAGGUUUACCUUCUUGGAUGGUCGAAGAGCAUGCAAUUGCACAAAAGAAAAGGGAAGAUGCGCUAAAAGAGAGAAAAGAUUCACAUCUCAAGCAUGUAAUUAUUUCUGCGAGGCUUGACAAGAAGGCUGAGAAGCUACAUACAGCGACAGUGCCGUAUCCAUUCACAUCCAAAGAACAGUAUGAAAGUCAUCUCCGAGUGCCUCUUGGACCCGAUUUCAACCCGGCCACAAAAGUUGGAGCCCUUCAUAAUAUUGUGGUCUAAGACAGUGCCUCUACGGUAUCGUCUAACAUUAUGUUUCUCAUAAUCGUUGUUUGGUUUACCAAGAAGAGAGUGCGCAGCAAAAGCGGAUUAUUUCCAUUUAGCAAUGUAACCUAGACCACUGUACAUGAAUGAAUGAAUGCAAAUGUGUUACACUGGCAGCUUAAUGUGAAUGUGAAAUACUUUCGGCAAUUUGGUUUCAGCU